AAGAAGUUGUUAUAAGCUAAUUUAAAAGUUCUUUCAGACUAGACGGUUUUCAUCGCUUGCUCGUCGUCCCUUACGCAUGCGUGCCAGCGCAGACCCAAACGCGGGGGUACUAUAAAAGGAAUCCCCGAGCGCCUACGUGUCAUUGUCAUCAGCCGUGCGAAAAAAACGCCGAAUCGUGAACAAUGAAGCUUCUUCUGAUUAUCUGUCUCGGUCUGCUGGCCUUCAUCAGUGUCCCAGCUCUGUGUCUGCCAGAGCGACAUUCGUCGCUCAAAUAUCCGUACUUUUAUCGUGAAAGAAACGUGUUGCCAGGACAUACCGCUGAAGAAUUUGGUCGUGGACAGUUUGGUCGCGUUACGCAGCGUCAGAACUCGUUGCGUGCAGAGGCUGCCCGCACUGCGUCUGAUCUGGCAAAAACUCAAGCAAGAGUGCUGGCGCAAGGCUCCGGCGUGGCACUCCUAUUGCCCGGGCAUGACUAUCAUCUAUGGGUCGGUUGCACUUGCACCGUCUGCAAACUCGAGCACUGCCCCGGACAUUCUUUCGCUGACGUCGAUCAGUUCGAGUGCCCAGAGAAUUCUUUCCAGCUGUACAGGGCACUGGGACCAGGCAACAUUAGAACUGGAGAUUUCGUCGGUCUCUAUUACCCCAAUGGCGGUACUUGGCUCGCUAUGAUCAACGGCGUAGGACAGCAGUCUACAUGCCCCGGCGCACCAACCGAUCAGGAUGGGUUCAGCUCUUACAGCAAAUGGAACGAAUGCAGCGAUUCGGCCUUCCGCAUCUACGCCAAAGGAAAGUCAUCCGAUCAGACUAUCGAAUCAGGGAACCUUAUUUCCCUCUACUAUCCGAAGAACGUGGGUAAAGGCUACGUCGAGUAUCUCACCGCCGGUCUUACCACUUCGACGUGCAUGAAGGAUGAAUCGGCCUCCCUAUUGCCGCCUACCAGCGCUGCAUAUGAUCUGUGCCAAAGUAGCACCGCUUUUUCUUACCAUCUACGCAAUAGAGGAGAGCCUCUAUGGAUUGAACUGAAACGGAAUGGGAAUGAACUGAACUUUAGUGGAUUAGCCACACUGUAGUACGUAUUAUAGCUAGUAACAGGACUUGUUAGUGCAUGAUCGAGUAGUAGAAAGCAUGCUGCCAUGCUUUAUUGUUUUCUCAUGGUGAUCAUUCAUUAUAGCGCAGAAGCUGUGUUGAUGGCAACUUCG